UGGAACAUUUGGGGAAAACUGCCUGGGAAUGUGUGGCGUCAAUUAUUACGGCUUUAGAUGUCAGUUAAAAUGUAACUGCUUUGACAAUGAAACAUGUAAUGAGGCCACAGGCUGUGAAGAAAUAAUCAACGUUAAUGAUACAAUCUUUGGUACCACAACAAGCGUUUUAACGUCAGUAAUUACUAUAACAAUAGUAGCUAUAGUGAUUGCAGUUUUAAUAUUUCUCGUUUCAAGGAAGAGUCGCCACAGAUUGAAGAGUAUAAACCCUUUGCAAUUCUUAUUUACUAGAACACAACCUGUAUUUGUCCAAAGUAGACACAAAACAAGCGAUAUAGACAUUGAAGAUGAUGACCCAUACUCAGAAAUCAGGGAAUCAAUGAUGGUUAGACCUAUGACAGUUUAUGGAAGAAAACUUUCCAUUAGAUCGUCGUACAUUGAUCCUGAUGAUCAGUAUCACCGUAUAGAGUUAGCGACGUCAUUAAGAAGACCAAAUCUAGAUACACAUACCAUUGAGUACACAGAUUACACGGAACCAAUUGAUGAGCCAUUGCUCCAACCGAAAAAUAAUAUUUAUGAACAACUUAUUAUUGAUGAAUCGACAGAAACACAAAGGAACAGUGACAAUGCAAUAUAUGCGGAAGUCGUAGGGAAUCAAAACAAUGCCUGUUCCCCUCAAAAGCAUUUGAACACAACUGAACGUUCCGACAAAUGCAAUUUGGUAACUGAAGCUGAUUACACAGAUGAUAAAGGUGAUAACUGCACUGAAAGAGAAACGACCGUAUAUUCCAUGCAAAUGCCUCUGAACACAUCUGAAAUUUCAAACAAAACCGAUGUCGUUAUAGAAAUCCAAGACAAUACAACAUAUGCCAAAGUAGUAAAGAAUUCUAAUAAUGAAUGUUCCAGUAAAAUCCAUAUUAACACAACUGGAAUUCCCGACAAAUCAAAUUUCGUUACAGGUACAAAUAGCAAUGAGGAAAUAAGUGAAAACAGUACUAAAUCCAAAGUUCACACUGCAGAUAGCAAAGGAGAAAUGACCACUGAGAGUGAAUCUGAAAGAAAAAUUAGCAGUCUUCAAUGUGAAGAGGAGAACAGCAACAAAAAUAUAGUAUUGAAUAAAAUCAUGAGUGAUUAUGAAGACACUCCUGUAAUGAUCUCUGUUUCAGUAGGAAAACAGACGAUUUUUAUAGAUUUGAAAGAUCGUAAUGUGUUAAACAGCCUUUCAAAUGAUGGCAUUUUAGAAAAUGCAAUUACUAGCGUGCAAAUGACGACAAAUGUAAAUAAAAAGUGACGUUAGGCAUUAUCAUGAAGAUAAAAGACAUAAAUGAUAUAGCACACAUACGUUAAGAUCGUAGAGACCUACACAUAACAUCUCAAGAAUAAGGGAUCAACAUUUUAAUUUUAAUUGUACAUAAGUUUGCUUGUGUUAUAUACUUUACAGACUUGUUUUUCCAUGCGUUGUAAGAGUUUGGAUUGAUUUCACUACACUGUUUCGAAAUGAUACAUGCUUGAAUAAGGGCUUCGUGUCUGAACUUGUAGUUUAUAGCCUGGUGCAGUUAAGUAUCAACUCAAUGUCUACGUAUACUUGUGAUUAAGACAGUCUGUAUCUAGUUACUAUAUUGCUGUUAGUUUAAGAGUUGACGCCGAUUUCCCAUACAUGUUUCACUCGCAGGAUUAAAAUCUAGAGUAUGUUAAAUUUUAACAUACCAUACAACUUUUACGUUUUUUUUUCAUAUACAAAUAUUCUGCGAAGAGAUUCUAUGGAUAAGGAAAAAUAAACAAGCAAAACAUUAUCAUUCAAAUUCAUGUGUCAAGCAUCCGGAAACAAACAUGAAAAAAGCCAUGACAUUCAUAUCCACUUCCUAAUAUUCAUACAUACGAAAUUUAAAGUUAACCUCUUCCCGGAAAAUAUCGAUAUAACAUUACCCAAUAGAAUGGUACAUUAUGUUUAACAAUAAAAAACUAAAUUGAAUGUUUAAGUAUGAACAAUUCAAAUAUCCUUUCCGGUAGACAUUGAUAUUGACCCAAAUAUAUACCAAACAGGGAUCCAUGUGAACCUGUUUAAUUAAAAAAAAUAUCUGUCAAAAUUGUGCAUGUUAAUCGAAGUUGUCUAUACUAUAUGUAUAUUUUUGUUAAUUAUGAUUCAUACCUUGAUGUUUUGUACUGAGCAUAUGAAAUACAUAUUCUCAUAACUGUC